UGUCAUUCCCACCAACCCUUCACAAUCCGCUCUUAUGAGAAGGGCGAGUGCUUCCUUAGAGAUAUUCCCUUUAGGCAAAACUAAACUGCAACAUUCUGACGCAUUGGAUAGCUUUCUGAGGGAGGGCUGAAAGAAACACUAUAUAUUCAGCUUCCCAUGCCUGUGAAUAGAAGCAAGCCAAGAAAUACACUGAGUGCCAGACUUCAUCCUCAAGCAGAACAAGGUUUCAAAUAAUGGAAGCUCUGAAUGCAGUAAACACUGGCUUUGCCCUCAACCUUUUCAAGCAUGAGUGCAAGACACAAACCAGCACAAAUAUCUUGUUUUCCCCUUGGAGUAUUUCAUCUGUCAUGGCCACGGUGUACCUUGGAGCCAAAGGCAACACAGCAGCUCAGAUGGCAGAGGUGCUUCACUUUAGCAAAGUUGGAGGAGCUGGAGCUGCAACCAUAAAACCACGACGAGCCUAUUCCAAAAUGGAGGAGCUUCUAACAUAUCCACGUAUCACUAAUAAAAAGGCCAAUGUGGAGAACUCAAGCAACAUCCAUGCAGGGUUUCAGGCACUUAGCUUUGAAAUUAACCAACCCACUAAAACUUACCUGCUUAAAAGUAUCAGCCAGUUAUAUGGAGAGAGAUCAUCACCUCUCAGUAAAGAAUACUUACAAUCAAUCAAAAAGUAUUACCGCACAGAGCCACGAGCUGUUGAUUUCUUGGGAGCUGCAGAAGAAGUCAGGAAGGAGAUCAAUUCCAGUGUAGAAUGCCAGACUGAAGGUAAAAUCCAGGCCCUAUUGCCUGCCAAGUCUCUUGAUUCACUCACCAAGCUGGUCCUAGUCAAUGCUCUCUACUUCAAAGGAAACUGGGCAAAGAAAUUUAAGGAUGAAUUUACAAAAAAGCAACCUUUCAGAAUGAACAAGCACACAAGUAAGCCAGUGCAGAUGAUGUGCCAGAGAGAAAAAUUUAAUUGGAACUACAUAAAAACAGUGCAUGCCCACGUCAUUGAGCUUCCGUAUGUCAAUAAUGACCUCAGCAUGCUCAUACUGCUACCCGAUGACAUCAAUGAUGAUACCACUGGCCUAGAAAUGCUAGAAAGAAACUUGACGUACGAGACAUUAUCCAAAUGGACCAGCUCAGAAGCAAUGGAGAAAACUUAAGUGGAUGUGUAUCUGCCCAGGAUCAAAAUGGAAGAGAGUUAUGAUCUCAACUCCACUCUGAGCAGCAUGGGGAUGCGAGAUGCUUUCAGUGAGGGCCGAGCUGAUUUCGGAGGGAUGUCUGAGAAAAAUGAUCUGGUUUUGUCAAAUGUUUUUCACAAGUGCUUUGUGGAGAUCAAUGAAGAAGGCACCGAGGCUGCAGCAGCUACUUCAGCUGCUAUGAUGUCACGAAGUCUCAUUUCUGCCAUUCAGUUUGUAGCAGACCACCCUUUUCUCUUCUUCAUCAGGCACAAUAAAACAAAGACCAUCCUCUUCUUUGGCAGAUUCUGCUCUCCGUAAAUACUCACAUUUUGUUGCUAAAUAGGAUCUUGCAGCAGCAGAAACAUCACCUCACAUGUCUAAAUAGCUUGGGUAAUUUUUCUUCAGUUUCCUGUAUUCUUGGACAAUCUUUGUAAGUUGUGGAACAGAAAAUACUGCAAAUAACUGAGAAGUUUGCUUUUCUGUUUAUGUGGUUAGAAAACUUGAUAAUUAUAAUAGUGGGCUGUGACUUUUAAGUGCUCAGUAAAAAUGCACUGGUUACUUUUUCCAAUUAUGAAAAUUGUACUCUUAGUAUAAGUAUAAAGCAGAAGACCAAGUUUGGUAUAAAGAAAUACGACUAAGGAAUAAGACAAUUACUUCUGUGUAGGCAUGCAAAGAAUACAUAAGGGGCCGGAUUUCCAGUAGGUACAUACGGGAAACCUCUGUCCCCCACCCCCCAAUGAAUGGGGUGUCAAUGAAGAUAGGCCAGUUAUACCAGAUGAGGAUGUGGCCCAAGGUCUCAAUUGACUUUACACAGACAUGACUAGAAAUACAAUAAAACUGUUGGAAUGUAAAUAUUUUGUACUCUGUACAUUUGUACUGGCAUUUUUUUCUAGUUGCAAACUGCUUGCAAGAGUUCUUGUUCCUCUGCAGGCAAUAUGCCAAUGGGCAAGUGCUGUAUAAAUAACAACUAUGUAAAAUAUAAGAAAUAAAAUGCAUUU